AUGGGUGAAGGCUUCGCCUUGCCAGAUCCUGGUACCAGCCUCCGCUUCCAACAAAAGGCUGAAGGCAGGGUCUUGCCAGCUCCUGGCACCAACACUCGCUUCCAGGAAAGUGUGGUGCAGGUGAGCGGUCUGCGGUUCGAGACGCAGAUCCGGACGCUGAACCAGUUCCCGGACACGCUGCUCGGGGACCCGGCGCGAAGGAUCCGCUACUUUGACCCGCUCAGAAACGAGUAUUUCUUCGACCGCAACAGGCCGAGCUUCGACGCUAUUUUGUAUUAUUACCAGAGCGGCGGCAGACUACGCAGGCCUGCUAAUGUGCCCCUCGAUGUCUUCGCUGAGGAGAUCAAGUUUUACGAGCUCGGGGAGGGAGCGACUAAUAAAUUCAAGGAGAACGAAGGCUUCAUCAAGGAGGAGGAGAGACCGCUGCCCGACAACGAGUUCCAGCGCAAAGUUUGGUUAUUGUUUGAGUUUCCUGAGAGCUCUCAGAACGCGCGUGUGGUAGCCAUCAUCUCUGUUAUAGUUAUAUUAUUGUCUAUAGUUAUAUUCUGCUUAGAAACUCUACCCGAGUUCAAGCAUUACAAAGUGUACAAUACGACUGCCAACGGCACUGUCAUCGAGGAGGAUGAAGUGCCUGAAGUGACUGAUCCAUUUUUCUUAAUAGAAACAAUAUGCAUAAUAUGGUUUACAUUUGAAUUACUGGUGAGAUUUUUCGCGUCGCCUAAUAAAGGUGAUUUUUUAAAAGACGUCAUGAAUGUGAUCGAUAUCGUGGCCAUCAUCCCGUACUUCAUUACCGUGGCCACCGUCGUGGCUGAGGAGAAGGAGAAGGAUAUGGUCAUCCCUGUGGAGAAGCUGUCACCUCACGAGAAGGGGUCAAAUCAAGCCAUGUCAUUAGCAAUCCUUAGAGUUAUUAGACUCGUCAGAGUAUUCAGGAUAUUCAAACUAUCCCGGCACUCUAAAGGAUUGCAAAUCCUAGGAAGAACACUCAAGGCUUCCAUGAGAGAGUUGGGGCUCCUCAUCUUCUUCUUGUUCAUCGGUGUCGUGCUGUUCAGCAGCGCCGUGUACCUCUUUCUUCUACCUUUUCGCCGCGCAGACCCCUCAUUACCCUUGUAUCCCUUGUGUCCCGCAGACCCGUGGGGGUGUGGGGCCAGACGCCUCAUUACCCGUGUAUUCCUUGUGUCCCGCAGACCCGUGGGGGUGUGGGGCAAGAUCGUGGGAUCGUUGUGUGCGAUCGCAGGCGUGCUAACGAUCGCGCUGCCCGUGCCCGUGAUCGUGUCGAACUUCAAUUACUUCUACCACCUGGAGACAGACCAGGAGGAAAUGCAGAGUCAGAACUUCAACCACGUCACCAGCUGUCCCUACCUGCCGGGUACUGUUGGCCAACACCUGAAGAAGGACUCAUUCUCCGAGUCUUCCUCCGACAUCAUGGAGCUGGAGCAAGGCUUACUCAUCCCGCAGGAGAUAACCAAGAAGCAUAACUGCAACCCCCGCCACAACAACAACAUUAAUGCCAUGAGUAUAGAGACGGACGUUUGACAUUUAGGCGUCUCGCCGGAGUGAGUGCCAAGCCCGACCGCUGAACCAUUGCCUGCCCACUGGAGCCCAGCGGCCUGCCUUCUCAGCGCCCAGCGGCCGCCUCAGCUGCAUUCUCAGCUGCCUCCCCAGCGGCCGCCUCAGCUGCAUUCUCAGCUGUCUCCCCAGCGGCCGCCUCAGCUGCAUUCUCAGCUGCCUCCCCAGUGGCCGCUCCAGCUGCAUUCUCAGCUGCCUCCCCAGCGGCCGCCUCAGCUGCAUUCUCAGCUGCUUCCCUUGUUAUUCCAUCUGGCAACUCAGCAGCUGACCUCUUACCAGCUGGAAAAAGCCUA